AUGUAUCUCCUGCUGCUUCAGCUGCUGGUGAUCUCAGGUCUGGGAGAGUCCAGGCAACAAAUGCUGACCGGCAUAGACAAGAAGAUCCAGCAUCCCUCUCAUGCUGCAGAUGAUCAGGGCUUCGGAGCACUAUCGACAGACGUUUUUGAGGAGUCCCAAGAAAAGCCAGAUUUGUUUGUAGCCAUACCCCACCUGAUAGACCCUGAGCUGACAGAAACUCCCAAAGAGCAGAAAGACAUGUUAUUCAGGUUCAUGUAUACCUCUGAAAAACAGAAGCCAGAGAGGCAUCUGGACAUAAGGGAUCCUGCUAGAGAGGCCUUCAGACCUAGGACUCCAGCAAAUGCUGAACCUGAUGGCAAGGAAAUCGAGAAACCCCAUCUCCAGGAAGAAGCACAAAAAUUCUGGCACUUCUUCUUGUUCAGAAAGAGCUCAGCUUCACAGGAGGUCAUCCUGCCCAUCAAAAGCAAUGAAGUGUACCAGGAGACCUGCAGGACGGUACCCUUCUCCCAGACAAUCGUACAUGACGACUGUGAAAAUGUAGUCAUUCAAAACAACUUAUGCUUUGGGAAAUGUCGGUCCCUUCGUCCUUCUGAGGCUACAGCUCAUCACCAUGCCUUCUGUUCCCACUGUUCACCUACCAAGUUCACAACAAAAGAAUUACUGUUGAAGUGCACUGGACCCAACCCUGUGGCCAAGGUGGUGAUGAUUGUGGAGGAAUGUCAGUGUAAAGUCAAGCAAGGUCAAGACGAGGAGCAUCUUCAUUCUGACUCUCAUGCAUGA